AUGGUAUUUUGUCGUGCUCCUAGUAAAGGCUGCGAGCUGUGCCGGAAACGCAAGGUCAAGAACAAUACGCCGGCUUCCAGGAAGGAAUACCUCGCCGCAUCUCGCCAGCAAUCUGUGACCAUUGCACGUUCACCAUCGCCAUCUAGUCAUGAUCUGGGAGCGAACUUCUUCUUCGUGAAGUACUCUCCCAAAGAUUGUACUUUCAAUAAUCACCAUGCUUGGUUGACCAAGUCCUACUUUGACCAAGGACCGAACAACGUGUUGAGGAAGGUCAUUGAGGCAGUAGGCAUGGCGGGACUGUCAAACGUCUUCGACGCUUCACAAAUCAAAUCUCAGGCUCGAGCGCAGUAUUCUGCAGCUCUGUCGUCCAUGCAGAAAGCGUUACACGACCCAAUCCAAGCCGUUUUGGACACGACGUUCAUGGCUCUCAUGUUGCUCGCGUUCUUCGAGACCAUCAACUGCGAAGCCUUGGAUAGGUGCCCCGAAUGGGUUGCUCACAUCAGAGCUGGCGCAGCUGUCCUAGAGCUCCGAGGCCAGGACCAAUUCAGCAGUGAGCGUGGCGGGAUGCUCUAUGUCCAGUUUCGCUCGUACCUCCUUCUGGCCUGCAUGCAGGAGAAUGUUGCCGUCCCCAACGCUCUAGUCAAAGCAACCUUCAAUUUUCAAACAGGCAACCUGAGACAAAAUUGGCAGCGUGCAAACAUCGCCAGCCCAGGAUCUAUCACAGAAAUUUGUUUUCGACUGGCCAACCUCCGUGCAGCCAUGAAAGACCAAGGGGCGAUAGACCCCCAAGCAAUUCGUGCAACUGCACUAGAGAUCGAUGCAGAUCUCGAGACUUGGAGAGCAGGCUUGCCCCCAAGUUGGAAAUAUACUACAGUCUCUAUGUCUGACGCUGCUAAUGACACCUACUUUGCUGGUAAGAUGCAUGUCUACCCGAAUCUCUGGAUCGCAGAGGCAUGGAACUCAUGGCGCGCUGCUCGAAUCCUCGUCAACCAACUCAUCUUGCAGAACGAGGCUUGUGUGCCCAAUCCUGAUAAUGCGCUGACGGACCUGGCUCUUUCCACCAUUCGCCAGCUAUGCAUCGACAUUUGCAUCUCAACGCAUAGUUUCAGAAAUUCUCCACGCAAAGGCAGGAUAAAUCAGUUUCUCAUUCUGCGUGUCAGUUCUGAGCGGGGCUACUCUCUCGAAACUUCAGCCCGAAAACAAGCAAUCCGCACGACGGUAUUUUUGCUGCCCGCAAGCACCAUGGCCGCGCCACAAUCAGCAUCUGUCCCCUUUCCAAAGGAAAAGACGUUCAGCUCCUAUAACAAGGACCAGGGCAAAGCCUAUGCCCAAGUUCGCCGCGAUUACCAUCCAAAGGUGUAUCAAGCCGUCGUCGACUACCACUCCUCAACUGGGGGUGGUUUUGACACAGUUCUUGAUGUCGGUUGCGGCCCUGGCCUUGCGGCUCGAGGGCUUGCACCUCAUUUUGCUCACGUCCUGGGUCUGGAUCCUUCCGAAGGCAUGCUCGCUAUCGCUCGCUCGAUGGGUAUCGUCUCGUCCACUUCUGAGCCUGCACGUUUUGAAAUUUCCACGGCGGAGGAACUCGGAGCAAACCUGUCUCCAGCCGUUGCAGACUCUAGCGUCGACCUCAUCACUGCCUCCAAUGCCGCUCACUGGUUCGACAUGUCGGGCUUCUGGCCCAGCGCUGCACGCGUCCUCAAGCCAGGAGGUACCGUUGCCAUAUGGACGAGUGGCAACAUUCGUGCUCAUCCGUCUAUGCCCAAUUCUGCUGCCAUCCAGGCCGCUUUCGAUGACCAUCAAGAGCGUAACAUGAAGCCCUACCUUGAGCCAGGCUCGCUCCUGGUGCGAGACCGUUAUGUUGAUCUCCCUCUUCCAUGGACUCUGGCUCAACCCGUUGCCGAGUUUGACCAAACGACAUUCGUCCGGCAGGAGUGGGAUCCAAGUGAAGAAUUCUUUGUGGGACUACCUGAAGCAGAUAUGGACACGUUUGAGAAGAUGAUGGCGACAGGGAGUGCAGAGACGCGCUGGCGCCAGGCACACCCAGACGACGUUGGCACGGAGAGGGACGUGCUGAAAAUCCUUCGCCAGAAGAUUGAGCAGCUGUUGCACGAAGCAGGCGUGGAGAAAGGAAAUGAGAAGAUCAAGGCGGCCGUGUAUGGUGUGCUAUUGUUAGUCAAGAAGAAGACGGCGGUAUAG